AGAAAAUGAAAUCGGUCAAUAACUUACUGCUAAACGAUUCGUGUAAUGGUAUUCUAGAUAACUAUUCUGCUGUUUCAUUAUUAUAUGAAAAGUAUUUUUUUGAUACACAUCCUAGUAAAUUCUCAGCAUGAAGCAAACAUGUUAUCUCCAGCAAGUGAUGUUGAUUACUUUUCUACCAGUUAUCAAUGGAAAUUAUCAAAUAAUAGGAAAUAUGAUGAACUUCUUGCUGAAUUCAACAGAAAAUAGGCCACUGUUUCAUCCUCUCUACCCGCAAACAAGACAUGAUGAUGCGAAUGCAAGGUAUGAUUUCAUCAUAGUGGGAUCUGGACCAUCUGGUUCUGUUUUAGCUAAUAGACUGUCUGAAAUACCAGAAUGGAAUGUUCUUUUACUCGAGGCAGGAGAAGAGGUCAGCCAUCUAACAGAAAACCCAUUUUUAACUGGAUAUUUUCAGAAUACCAAAUAUGAUUGGGGAUACAAAGCAGAGCAACAAGAUGGCUUCUGCAGAGGUUGCAUCGAGGGCAGGGUGCAAUUGGCCCAUGGCUUAGGUCUUGGUGGAAGUUCAAUCAUGAAUUACAUGUUUUAUGUCAGAGGCAACCCACUUGAUUACGAUAAAUGGGCAGCAUUUGGAAAUCCAGGGUGGUCUUACGAAGAUAUGCUACCUUAUUUUCUGAAAUCUGAAGACUCUCACCUCGAAAUAAAAGAUGAAGAAUUCCACAAUGAGGGUGGCUAUUUAUCUGUGAGUGAUAUCCCAUAUCGAACAGAAGCCGCAAAAGCUUAUGUAAAAGCAGCUCAAGAGGCCGGUUACCCAUAUGUGGACUAUAAUGGAAAAAAUCAAAUGGGGGUUUCCUUUGUUCAGUCAACUUCACGUGAAGGAAAAAAAUGCACUGCUGAAAGUUCAUUCCUAAGGCCAGUACGAAAGAGAUCUAACUUGAAAAUUCAAACACGAUCUCGAGUUUCUAGAGUACUCGUAGAUGAAGAAAGUAAAAUUGCUUACGGUGUUGAGUAUAUCAAAAAUGGAAAAGUUCGUUACGCUUUAGCCAACAAAGAAGUUAUUUUAUCUGCUGGUGCUCUACAUUCCCCACACAUUCUCAUGCUAUCUGGAAUAGGACCUAAACAGCAUCUAGAACAAUUUGAUAUUCCAGUUAUUCAGGAUUUACCAGUAGGAGCUCAGUUGUAUGAUCACACUGCCUUUCCUGGAAUAGUGUUUCGUUUGAAUGAAAGUAUAGGUAUGAAUCUACUGAGAGAAAUAAUCAAUCCCUUCACGUAUCUUCAAUACUUCAUAAAAUCUAGAGGAAUAUUUACAACGCCAGAUGGAUUUGAAACACUAACCUAUAUUAGAACUAAUAUUUCAUCUGAACCAGAUCCAUCGUAUCCCGAUAUGGAAUUGUUUGUUUACUCUGGAUCGUUGAAUACUGAUUAUGGCUUGAGUUUUCGGAAAAUUGUCAACGUACCUCCUGCUAUAUACGACAAAAUUUGGAAGCCUCUGGAAGGCAAGCCUGUGUAUCAA